AUAACUUUCGAAUUAUAGGGGCGGUUAUAGCUUAUAUUUCUCUGCGCUCAAAACGAACAAGACUCGUCCUACCAGAUACGACUCCACAACAGAUCGAAUACUAUAACGACGUAUUCUGGGAAUUCUAUUAAGAUCUCAGCACACCAGUUAGAAUGUCGUUUCAUGACGUAGAUCCUCAGUUACUUUUGCUGCGUCGGCAAUAUAUCCAACUAUUUGAACCCGACUUCCUCGCCUGGCCACCAGCCAAAUUUCUUAAGGAUGCAGAUGUCCAGAAAUGGCUAUAUAAGCAUCUCUUCGAUCCAAGUAGAAACCAAAUAUUGCCACCUGAAGGAUAUCAACUUCGAGUUUUGAAGAAACUUGUGACAAAGCUUGAGAAGGAAACAGAAAAUGGAGAAGAAGAUGGCGUUUUGGGCGAACUUACGGCACGCUUUAAGUCCUUCAUAGCUAUAGGGGUUUCGUCAGAAUUUCGCGCGGCCCAAGAGGAGACAUACGUGACAUUUACCUGUUUAACAGAGAAUUAUAACCCAGAAAAUAGCAGUGACUGCGACUCAGAGCCCACCAUAACAUUACUCGAACGGCGGCAGUUGGUAUUGGGCUCGCAAAUAACAGGUUUCCGAACCUGGGAAGCAUCUCUUCAUCUGGGCUCAUACUUGCUAACUGACGCUGGGUCGCAAAUUGUCCGUGGGAAGAAUAUUCUGGAACUGGGCGCUGGCGCUGGGUUUCUGAGCAUCCUCCUGGCUAAGCACCUACAUGCAAAGCAUGUAACUACCACAGAUGGUGACGAAGGGGUCGUUGAAUCAAUAAGAGAGAAUCUCUCACUGAAUGGCCUUAAUACCCAAGGGAAAGUCAAAGCAGGGACUCUGACAUGGGGACAUGACCCUUGGGAGACGUGGAUUAAAGACGAUUGUGAUGUUAAUCCGUAUGACGUAGUCAUUGGCGCGGACAUCACAUAUAACACGACGGCAAUAUCUGCUCUAGUGUCGACACUGCAUAAGCUCAUCGAACGAAGAUCAAAGCUUAGAGUUAUCAUAGCCGGCGUAGUUCGAAACGCUGCCACAUUUCAGAAAUUCAGAGACGACUGUACUUAUCGUCAUUUUGCCGUGGAAGAGGUACACUUUGAACCGAAGUCGAUGCGCCAACAGAAAGCACUCUUCUACGCAGCCGCCGUACCUAUAAAAAUAUUGUCUAUAAAUGGUGCUGGGUAAAUCGCCUAGACACUCUACGUGUACCUACUUACCUUUGGUACCUAAGGCAAUUUGGUUCAUAGGAGUUGAUUUUAGCCUAGAAUAAAAUUAGUAUUAGAAGCUACGGUUAUUCAUUACAACUAAGCUAUAUAUAUAUGACCAUAUAUAAAGAAAAAGAAAAAGAAGAAAGGGAGAGAAAAAGGACGAGGAAACCAAAUAAAGAUAACUUCGUAGAGGAUACCUAAUACACUAAUCUUGGCCGAGGAAACAGGCUCCUCAGCGUC